CUUUUGAAUUAGGUGCAGGAAAUAAGUAUUAAAAAUGUGAUUUUCUUUUUAAUCAUUGGCAUUAUUUACUUUUUCGGACAAUUUUUUCUGAACUAAAAUAUCCAAAGAUUUAUGUGUCUUCACUCAUUAUGUUAUUUCAUUACCCCUAUUGGGAAGAAAUUUUGAAAAUAGCAUUGUUUAUUGUUAAGAAGAGAAUACAAUAUCUAUUGAAAGAAUAAUUUCCCACAAGAGAAUAUUAUUACAAACUAGUGUAUAAAUUAAAUCGGAGCUCAAUUGCAUAUGCAACAACUUUUCUCUAAAUCGGGAAUAUAUUUCAUCAUGAGAAGUAAAUAGUUUCUUUAGUUCAUUCCAUUUAAUGAAAUGAAAACAAGCAAGGCUCAUGGGAAAACUUUUGUGACAAAAAUUAUAUCUCUUUUUGAAAGUCAAAUGCUAACCUUUCAUGUAAGAAGUAAAUAUUCUUGAAAUUUCUCGUCUGAUAUAUAAAAUUGCUAUUUUUAAAGCACCUAUUCGAUAUAAACAAGUUCAUAAAAUAUCGAAGUUAUAAUUUCUGCUAUUAAUUUUUACGUGUAUAGAACAUUGACAAGAAUUCAUUUCGAAUUAUUUCUGGUUAAGAAUUUAGCAAAGCCUCAUUCUUUUUUAAUAGCUGAAGAUAUUUACUUGCAAAUAUUUCCUUAAGGAUUACUUAACGCUACUUGACAUGUGAAUAUCUGAGAUUACUCCGAAUCCGACAUUUUUGAAAUAACUCUGUUGGAAGAAUAUCAUCAAAUUCAUGGUCACAAAUUCCUGGAGAGACUAGUAAACUUUAAAAAUGCAGUAAAGAAGCUAAAUAUUGAACACCACGUCGUGUGUUCAAGACUCUUUUUUCUAUAAGUUGUGUGAUGACUAUGUCUCGAGGUCGUUCCCGUUCUGACUCAAAAGCAAACCUUCAGCCAUCCUUGAGAGGUCCAUUAACAGCCGUGACUCCUACUUUUUCCAAGAAAUUUGGCGGAGUUGUUUUGCAGAAAGCUCUAAGUCGUCUGAAAGGUCGUAAACGUCUCUGGUUCGUAUUAGAUGAAAGCAAAUGUCGCCUUCUUUAUUAUAAAAGUGAAGUCGAAGCUCGUUCGAAAGAUCCCUUGGGUGCUAUUGAAAUCAGAGGAUCAGCAAUAUCUCUUGCUUUGGAAGAGGACAAUCAAUUCGUUGUGCAUUCAAAUGGAAGGGAACAUGCCCUUGUUGCGGAAGAUCACGAAUCUAUGAUGCUAUGGAUACUUGCAUUGCAGGCACGCCAAGACAAGAUGAUUCCAGAACCUUCAACAGAGGCAAGUACUUCAACUAAACGAAAACAACAGCAGCCAUCAGCGAACAAUACACAACCCAAUAUGCAUAAGCAGGUAGCAGCAUCUGUUAAAAGCAAAGUUCUUCAAAGGACACAUUCUCUGCAAUUAAAUUCCGAAAAACGCCACGAUCCACUCAAAAGAAUGAAUAGUCUUUGGACCACAACAACCCAAGAAAAUGAUUUCAUUCCCAAUGGCAAAGUCCAUCCUUCUAAACAACCUUCCGUAGUAGAAGAGUCUCCGAAAGACGAAAGUCCACCAUCCCCAUUAGUAGGAGCAAUGGCCUGGGCAACAGACACAAAUAACAAUGACAGAGAUCAUGGUCGAGGAACAUUGGUGAGAGAGCCUUCUACCGAUAGGUCCUCAGAUACUGAAUCUUGCGAUGAUUCUGAUCCUUCAGAUCCUCCCGAUGGUGGAAGUGACCGUGUAAGACUUCUCAGAAAAAUGAACUCAGAAGGCACGACACCUCAAGAUCUGACGCCUCUGAAAGACAGAGCUAGUUCCUUAUCAGGUACAAGCGUUUCCAGUGACUCUGCUGUUGGCACAAGUGAUUGUUCUGCGUCAGCACGUUUGCAAGAGUUGGAAUCGGAGCUCAUGUCCACCAAAUGCGAUCUAGCCAAAGCUCUUAAUCGAGAGUCGGCUUAUAAAAGCAUUAUUGAAGAAAAGAUCCUAUUAGUGAAUGAGUUAGAAGAAAGAUUAAGAGCUGCGGAAGACCCCGAUGGCGACGCUGUUUGGAAAUCUCCAGUUCAUAAAGGAAGCAGUGGGAGCCUUCAAGAAAAGUGCCGCAUUUUACAAAAUCAUAAUCGAUUUUUGAACGAAGAGGUAUUAAAACUAGCAAAAAUGAUGCAACAUGAGAAGAAGAACACAGAAAUAAAACAUCAGCAAUUACGUCAUCUGGAAUCAGAAAUCGAUCAGCUGAAAAGAGAUUAUGUUUUCCUAAUGCAAUCAUCUCUCAGAAUUAACAAUUCAGAUGGACCAGAAGUUAUGGAAGUGUAUCUUUACGGCGGAAAUAGGCAUAAGGAAAGAGUUCUACUGUUGUUAGAGGAAGCCAGAAAAAUCAAUCCUACUUUACCAGUAUACGAAAACAUGUCUCGUGGCUUGUAUCAUGUCGAUGGCCUCGGAUUUCGUCGAAAUUUUGCAGAAGAAAGCCUCAUAGUUCAUUACAUCUGUAGACAACUUCAUCAACACUAUUCAGCUUUAGGUCCACAAUACGAGCAACAUCAACAGCAGUGGAAGAGAUAUCUUCGACAAAAUCCCACUCUGCCUCCAACGAAAGAACUGAAGAACUUGGUUCGCAAAGGAAUUCCAAUUCACUUACGAAGUCGUGUGUGGGCCAUAUUAUACCGAUCUCGUGUAAGCGAUAUCAUGGAAAGCAAAGGCCCUCAUUACUACAAUUUCCUUUGCAGCUUGGCGCCAGAUGACGAGAGGGUUUCCCACCAUAAAAGACAAAUUGCUUUGGAUCUUCUUCGAACUAUGCCUGACAAUAUCAGAUUCGCAGACUCGAAUGCUGAUGGCGUACGUAAGAUGCAAGAAGUUCUUCAAGCAUUUUGUGUACAUAAUCCAGCUCUGGGUUACUGCCAAGGAAUGAAUUUCCUUGUCGGUAUGUGCCUACUGUUUCUUGAACCAGAAGACGCAUUCUGGUGCUUAGUUGCUGUAACGGAACGUUAUUUCACUGCAAACUACUUUGACCAGAACUUAAUCGGCGCUCAAGCUGAUCAAGAAGUGUUAAAGGACUUAUUGCGAGAGAAAAUGCCUCUGUUAUGGCAACACUUUGCCCAGUUAGACAUCGAGCUUUGUACUGUCACUCUCAACUGGUUCCUUGCAAUAUUUUUUGACUGCGUCCCUUUUGAAACUUUACUGCGCAUUUGGGACUGCUUCUUACUGGAAGGCCCUAAAGUAUUAUUCCGUUUUUCACUUGCUAUUUUAAAGAUGAAUGAGCGUUCUCUCUUGGCUAAGCAAGACACAGUUUCCAUUAUGAGGCAGCUCAAAGCAUCAGCAAAACUGUGCUUUGAUGUGGAUCAUCUAUUUCAGACCGCCUUUGAAGUUCUGAAGCCUUUCACUAGACGCCAAGAUAUUGCUGGCAAACAAGCCUGCUACUAUAAGACAUUGAAGGAACACGCUAAGAAAAUGGAUAUGGAAAAAAUUGCCUUAAAGGAUCGUGAAAGAAUGCUGUCAGAGAUGGAAUUUCUCAGUGUGAACCAGCUCGUCAUUGAAUGUGCUGCGGUAUAUGACAAAGAUAAAUUGUGGCUUUGCCAUGGUCAUCAAAAUGGAGCUCAUAUCAGCAAAGUGAACUGCGAAGAAAGUAUCAUGUACCGUUUAAACAUUGAGCUGGAAUCACGAGUGAUGUGCAUGCAUGCUUUGGAUGAUGACACAAUGCUAUUAGGAACGCUUUCUCAUUUUGUACAUUCAUAUUCAACGAAAUCAAGACGAUUGCUGUGGGAAAUAAGACUGAAUGACUCAGUUCUGUCAUUAGCAUCUCAUGAAGAAGAUGGAAUACGGCAAGUUUAUGCUGGCUUAGCUGACGGCACUGUUGCUGUCAUAGAGAACAUUGAAGGGCAAUCUCCGAAACCAGAGACAUUUUACAUUAUGAUUGGUUCCAAUCCUGUUACCUGCCUAAGACUUGUUGAAAGGAGAUUAUGGUGUGGAACUGGAAAUCGAGUAGUCAUUCUCAAUGCUAGGACUCUUGAUUCUGUGGAUCAGUUUCAUACAUCUUCUAGUUGCUUAGAUUACCUCUCAAUGCUGGUAUCAGAUGACAGAGGAGUAUGGUUAACUAUAAGAGGUUCAUCUAUUUUGCAACUGUGGGAUCCCCAUACACUGACAUGCAAACUUUUAUUUGAUGUUCGAGACAAUAAAUAUCCAAGAUCACCAAAAACUGGAGAAGAAGAAAUGGGAGGAUCUCGUAUAACUGCUCUACUCCCAUUUUCUGGCAGUGUAUUAGUUGGAACAGCAGAAGGAUCACUCAUUAUCUAUGAUGUCGUCACAAAACUUUCCCGAAGUCCAAGCACGGCAGAGUUCAGCACAACUCCAAACAGAAAACAACCUCCUGCAGAUCAUAUACAACAAAAAAUACAGCAAUUACUGAUGGAAAAGAAGAGGGAAGAAAGAAUUAACCCAGAAGGCCGCCAGCGACUUGACAGUGGAUGUUACUCAACUCCUUGCCGAACUCCACUAUACACACAAAGUAGACGCGGCAGUAUCCAUUGUCCGGAUAUCACAGCAGCUGCUGUAUCUCUUACAGCUCAAGAGGAAGAACAAGAAAGCAGCUCACCAGAAGACAAAAGUGAGGCGACAAGCCAUUGCACUGUCAAACGAGUGGGAGGUACAGAAAGAUCUUCACUAACUUCUCCAGAGUCACAGAUCUACGAAGAACAUGCAGAAGACAGUCUUAAAAAAAUAGAUACAGAUCGGGAUGAUUCAGGGCAUUCAUCUUCUGCGCAAGGGGCUACUACAGCUCCAAAUAUCAAGAAACUGUGUACAUGCCAUCAGCUAAGCUCCAAUUCAGUUAAGUGUCGCCAUUGUCUGUUAGAAGCUAGCGAAGCACUAAGAAAGCUGUUUGACAAGUAUAGUUUAAGUAUAAAUUCAACGAAUCAUGUGGACUAUACCACCCGUUAUCAAAAUCUUCUCAAUAAUAGUCAAAACAAAUCGACCCGUCUCAGCAAAUGUUUAAGUAAAGAAGAGGAGAAUAUACCAGUAAACAACACGGAGAAUGAAUCUAAGCCAGCAGAUGACUAUGCCUGGUCAGACAGCUCCAUCGAAUUACCUCCAAGCUGUUCUAAUGACGGCACAGAGGCUGAGACUUCACCAGCAAAAAAACCACUUUUACCUACAGCCCCUCACCAACAAACUGAAACAUUAAGCAUAUCAACAAUUAAAAACAAUGCACUUCUGAGAGCAAUAAGUGCAGAUGACGUGACGCAAUGGGUCAAAUCACAAGAAAAUCUUACCUCAUCGCUCGCGAGUGACAGUUAUGAUUUCGAUGAUGUUUUUGUGACAUACACAGAGGAUGAAGCAUCUGGUAAACAUAAAUCUAAUCGAGAGACUGAUGUUCUUUUAGAAACAAUUCGAUCUCGAGCCCUGAUUCGCCGUCGAUCCUCGAAUGUUCUCGAAUACUCCGGAACGAGUUCCGCGUUGUCUCAGAGGACAGAUUUAUGGUUGAGCGAUUCAAGAUCUCCAUGGUGUGAUACGGCUUCUUCAUCUUCAGGACUUCGUUGCUCCCGUUUGAAAGAUAUACGAACUCAGCUUCCAACGUGGAGCAAUAUGAUGUCGGAAAAUGAGACAACAGAUGGAUUAGCUCGCUUGAACUCUUUAAGUUAUGAAGAUUCUAUAACAGAUUCUUCUAUGAGUGGUACUCACAGGGACAUUCUUCAGCUAGGGGACUGGAGUACACACAAGAGUAGUGAAACUGCUAGCAAUGUUUCUUUUUCUUCUACUGAUGUUCCAUACGCCUUUGAACUUAAUCUCCAAGAAAAAAUUAAGAUAUCGGACAAGCCAAUCAAAUGUUUACUGGAAGCUAGGUGCGGAUCUGAACCUACAAUAAUAAGCUGUGCUGGUUGCUAUGGUGACGAUGAAGCAGUACUGAAAUGGACUAAAGUGGGAGAUGAGGAACUAUGGACAAAUGACCCAAUUAUUGAAGUCUGUCCUUACACAAAUGCAAUCAAGCCUUCUCCUUAUGCCCGAUCCCGCCUUCCUAGAAGAACAUCAUCUUUGGUUUCAGUAAACACAGAAUCUGAAUCCACAGCUCGAGCCUCGUUGACAUCAACAUCAUCAAGUACAAGCAGCGUAGUUGGAAGUGGAUUGGCUAAGGUUCACAAUAUUUUCCUCAGGGUGCAAGAUAAAGCAUGAGAACAAACUCAGUUUGCUGAAAGUUGCAAGCAAUUUCAUACUAAGUAUGUGUUAUUUCCAUCUAAGAGGCGAUUUUAAGCCAUGAGUCCAGACAUAAGCAAUCCUGUCUAUUUGUGUGAACGACAAUUUAUGUUUUGUCUCGUCUCAAGAAUGUUUCUGAGAAGAGACAGAAUUAAGUGUACAUUUCUAUCAACAAUGCUAAUAACUUGUGUACGAAUGUCAGCAACUUACAAUACAAUUUGACUUCUACAAAUCAAAUAUGAUACUAUUUGAAAGAUAUUCAGACCUUCCAAGGAAGCGCAAACUAUUCGUGGAGAAAUGUAUUGAAUGUUAGAUAUUUCAAUUUUUUUCUGAAGAAUGCAAUGUAGAAAGACAAUUGCAACGAUUUUGGAUGACAAUUUAAAAGCAAAAUAUUCAUGCAUGAAACUAAAAACUACAAAGCAUUGAAAAAGAAAAGAAAUAUUUCGGCAUUUACUAAUUCAUAAAUCACUAUAUAUUCUUAAUCUAAACAUACAAACAAAACUGUGUGCUACAAAAUCAAUUCUAUAGUCUGUUGUCUAUAGUCUAUAUAUAGUUCACAAUCUUUUGUAUAUGGCUCAUCUUAUUUGAAGUGUUGAUUUCACAAAAUUAGCUCCGUUAAUAUUAAAUUAUUUAACAUCAAUUUUUACUCUUUUAUUGAACGUCAUGUAAAUUUCAAAAAUACAACAAUAGAAAAAAGUAUGAAAAUCAGAUUCAUAUCGUGCGGUAAACAUUGCGCAAUAGUUGAAAAAAUAUGAAUCUCUAACGCUUUGGAAAAUAUAUAUAAUUACCGAAAGCAAAUAAAUAAAAACAAUGUAGUAGCAAAAUGUCUAAGAAAUAAAUGUAUCCAUUCACUACUUUUGCUUAUAUAGUAAGAAAAGUUUUAAUUUGUUUAAAAGAAAAAUGUAACUUUAGUUUCGAGAUAUAUUAUUACUAAAUUGAAAAUAAAUAUAUUGAAUAAGAAUCUAACAGCCCGAAUUCACCUAAGAAUACCAAAAGCAUUACAUAAAUAAAUAUCUCAUGUAGGUUAGCAAUUCAUAAACUUCAUAUUUAAAAUCAUCAGAAAUUAAAUAUAUAAACGAGUUUUCAAUGUAAAAAUAGUCUAUGGCAUGUCUAUUUUUAAAUAAACCCGUCCUUUACAAAAUGAUAUACCCGUCCUCAGUAUAACCUCAGCUUCUAUCUUCCUAAUACUUACCUCACUACAUAUUAUAAAAUGCCUCAACAUUUCAAAGCAGUUUCAUAUCUGUGUGCUUUCAGUGUUCGCGCAAAUACAUCUAUGAUAAAAUAUAUGCCCCCCCCCUUUUUUUUUACAUUAAGAAAUCGUAAUUCUGCAAUUGACUAAAUUUAUAACUGUAUCAUAAAAUUCAUUUUAAUGUUAAUAAUCUCCACUAUAAAAAUAUUAAUCUUUUGAACUUCAAAGAGAUGUGUGUACAAAAAUAGUAGACUCAAUUUUCAAAUGGAAAGUUUAACUCUAAAAUUAACCAAAUUUUUAUCUGAUUCUACAAUUUUUUUUAAUCCAUAAUCUAAUUUUUCCAUGUUUUAUAAAAAGAAAAAAACUACUCUUUCUCUCACUGAAAGCCAAAUCAAUGUAGAGAAAAGAACUAGAAAAUAGUUUCUUAAAUAUAUAAAAAUUUGAAAACCAUAGCUACCAAAUAUGAAAUCACAAUGCCAUAAGGUAAAAUAGAAAUUAUUAAUGCGUAUAGAGUAAUGACUUUAUUUGACAUACUGGCCAUAAUCAAUUUGUGUGGAAUUUAAAAAGAAUUGUUACUUUUAUAGAAAAUAACUAAUUCUUCCGAAUUUCUGCUUCAAAAUGUAUUCAGAUUUCUUUAAAAUACAUAUACAGUGAGAAAAAUAACAUUUGUUUUGAAUACCAAAGACCGAGGAGUUUUUUUUAUAAAAUGAAUUCAAAUACCAUUCAACAUUUAUUAUCUGAGCAUCAUAUUCAUUUAUUAUUAGCAAAUAUCAAAAUUUUUUAAUGUUUAAAUUAUCUUUUCUUUAGUAUAGAUAAUUAAAAAAAAGUUGGCAAAGUUUAAAUUACCUUUUCUUUCCUAUGGAUGGUAAAAAAAAAAGUUGGCAAAAGUUUUCAUUGCAAAAUGUUUGCUCAUAUUACAAGAUUUUUAUACUUACACAUAUCCUGUUUCCUCUUUCAAAAAUAUACAUCUAAGAAUAUUCCUCUUAAUCAAUAAAAGGCAUCAAGAGAGAUAAUUCAGUAACUGUGAUUACUCUGAAAGACAGAUUUUUCGAUUACAAUCUUUCAUACUUUACAAUUUUGGAAAUAAUUUAUAUGAAAAAGUUUACCUUUUAUCUGUUUAACUAUUGUUGGCCAUCCUUUAAAAAAAUUGAGAAUUCUUAAACUGAAUUUUACAAAUUUACUGGAGCUUAUUCAUAAAUCUUGCCUUGAGAUAUGUCUUAUUAUAUAACUUCCCAAUA